AUGCGAUGCUCUAAGAACAGCCCAUUUGUAUUUACCAAUGCACUGACUCGGUGCUUAAAUGUCCUUGAUGGGGCAAGAAGCAGCCCGCCUCUUAUUAGAGAGAUACUUGCAAAUAUAGCAAGAAAUAAAGAGCUAGUUGGGCCCGUUAUGAAAAUACUGACAUCAGAAGAUACGCUUCGAAAGCAUGGAAAACAAAAGCUUCUGCAGAUGGUGUUGGCGAUUUGGACUGCAAUUCCUGAGAUGGCAGCACCGCAAAAAGUGCUGACAUAUCUUUCUGCGCUGGAUAAUACACCGCUGGCAAGAAUCCUUCUAUUAAAAACUGCUUUGUCAUUGCUAAAAAUAAGAGAAACCGGCUCUGAGCUAGAUAUGCUACGGCUAUUUGAUAUUUUAGAGUCUCUUUGGAAGAAGCAUGGCACAGAGGCAGACUAUUUGAUACUUUCUAUUUUUAUUGAAAUGCUAGAUGCCCAUCCAGAAAUGAAGCCAAGAGCACAUCAUCUUAUGACAAAUCAACCCGCUAGCAUGGCAGUUGCUCUAAUUCCUAAGAUGAUAUUUCUUUGUCUACAAAUAGAAAUGCCAUACACUAUUCCUUCACAUAUUUUCUCGGCUAAUAAUAUGUCGGCGUACAUUCGGGUGCUAGAUGCGAUUUUAGUAGUAUGUGCAGCAUAUCCGAAAGAAAAGGUAUUUUCAAUGUUUCCAGAUCUAACCAAUACUAUAAAAACGCAGAUAUCUAAUUUUAUUAACAAAGAGGUGCACUGGAUUGAAUACAACAUGAAGCACGAUAGAAAGACACCCUUUACACACAGUAUGACUAUUCAAAAAAUAAAAGAUGUACUGUCCUCACCAGAAGACCCCAAAACAGUUGUACAAACACUUAAAACAUUACUGAAUAUUUCUUAA